AUGGCGCCAACCACCGUCCCCACCCUCGACGAAUUUCUGAAGCCGCUGGAGGUCAAUUCUCAUCUCAUCGAAGGGCUCUCGCGAGAGCUGGCAUCCACAUUCCGGAGUUUGUCGGCGAACUCGUUGGAGCAGUUCUUGCCGACCCCCAUCUCCGAGUCCAUCCUGACGCCCCCAACAGGAGGCGAUCAAGGCCGCCUGUUCGCAUGGAUUGGCCACCGGAUCGUUGAGGUGGUGCGCAAAGGAUGUACAGCCUUUGGUCUUUCUCCCGUGGACGCAUUACCCAUGGGCGUCACGUUCAGCUUUCCAAUGAAACAGAGCUCCUUGUCCGAAGCAACGCUUAUGGCCAUGGGAAAGGGUUUUGCUAUCACAUCUAACCUAGAUCUUGGUGGUCAUCUGAUUAGGGGCUAUGAGAAGCACCGGACGGCCGAGGUCCCACCCAUUAAGAUCGCAGCCAUCUCCAACGAUGCCGUGUCCACCCUCGUGUCUUUCAAAUACCAGUAUCCAGCAAUGGUUUACCAGAAAGCCGCCAUGGGUCUUAUAGUUGGCACUGGCUGCAACGCUACCAUACCACUGAAGCUGAGCAGCCUCCACCCGAGCAAGCGGCCCGCCUCCAUCAGUGUUCUGCCUGGCCAGGACGCGGCAGACGUCAAGAUCGCAGUCAACACAGAGUGGAGUAUCAAUGGGUCAGCGCCACCCUUGCGCCGGUUUGGUCUCAUCAGCCGCUGGGACGAGGAGCUCGAUCAAUCAGGCGAAGCUCCCGGCUUUCAACCUCUCGAGUAUAUGACGGCUGGCCGAUACCUUGGCGAGCUUGCACGCCUUAUCUUUCUCGACUACAUCCAAGCGCUGGGUCAACCCAUCGAGGCCUUACCAAAGAAGCUGCGUCAGAGGUUCGGUCUGACGACAACCUUCAUCAGCCACUUCCACCCUGUGAGCCCCGAAGGAAGUACCGUGGUUCAGCUCAUGUGCGAGUUCCCGGAGGGAGAUGAUCCCCACUCGUUCCAGUGGACACCACACCUAGCCAAUGCCCUAUACCGUAUCUCGCAUGCGAUCGAAGUGCGAGCAGCUGGCAUCGUCGCCGCUUCGACUGUUGGGCUUCUCCAGUGUGCGGAAGAGAUACCAGAGGGGCCAGCAUGGGGGCCCGGUAUAAUUACUGAGCUGGUAGUCGGCUAUACUGGGGGCUGCAUACAGUACUUUCAGAACUAUCUGGCUGAUGCGCAGAGAUUUAUCGAUGAAAUAUUGGACAUUAGGUUUGGUGGACAGGCUCCCGUUCGCAUCUCUUUAAGCCCCUGCCACGACGGCGGAAUCACGGGGGCAGGGAUUUUGGUGCCCAACGGCGAGUCUAGCGACGGCGAGGACAUGGCCCCCAACGAGUUCGAUCUGCUGCUCUCACGCUCCGUGCAGUCCGCCGGGCCCGUGAUGCUCGAGUCCGAGUCGGUCGAGUACAGCAUGCUGCGCAACACGCGGACACACAGCCGCAGCCGCGCCCACGCACGCACACGUAGCCAACGCCGGCGAGACUCUGCUGUCAGUCCCUACAGUCCCGGACCCCUGCACUCUCCGGGCGUGCGUGCUGUUGCGAGUGAGAGUGAAAGACGGCCCGACGAGGAGACGCCUCUCCUCUUGACGCCGGCCGCCUCAGCAGGCGCCGCCAACGCCGAGGCCGACGCCGAGGCCGACGCCAACGCCGACGACUCUGACGCUGACUCCGGCUCGGCCCACGGGACCAGCGUCAAGAGCGACAGCAGCAGCAGCAGCAGCAGCAGCAGCAGCAGCAGCAACCCCUAUCUCGGCGGCAUCUCGCGGGCGCGCUUCUGGGUCAUCUUUGUGCAGAUCGAGGUGAUAUACUUUGUCGCGUGCUUCGACGGCACUAUCAUGGCGUCGAGCCACCCCGUCAUCACGUCCUACUUUGGCAGCAGCAACACGGCCUCAUGGCUGUCGACGGCCUUCCUGCUGACCUCGACCAGCUUCCAGCCCCUGCUCGGCAGUUUGUCUGAUGUUGUUGGUCGUAAGAUCCCCUUCAUUGUGACUACCGGCGUCUUCCUUGUUGGUACUCUGUGGUGUGCUCUUGCUGGGAGUAUGACGAGCUUUAUUGUCGCGCGUGCCGUUUGUGGUUUCGGUGCUGGCGGCCAGAUGGCGCUGGGGAGUAUCAUGGUGCCCCUGCUUGCCGUCUUGUUCGUUAUUUGCGUCUUCACCAUCCCCGCCAACAUUGGCCUGUACAACAAGCCCAAGCAGGACAUCGUCGAGGCCAUGAAGCGGUUCGACUUUACGGGCUCAGCUCUCUUGUCGACUUCGGUGACGUUUCUCAUCCUUGGCUUGGCCCCGUUCAGGAAUCUUAUCUUCUCUAACUUCAUCGGCGCCUUCAUAGCUAACGGCAUCAACUUUAACGUCCCCAUCUUCUUCCAGGCCGUGCUCCUGACGAGCGCCACCGAGUCGGGCCUCAGCCUGGUCGUGUCGUCGGCCGUGGCGUCAACGGCCGGCGUGGCUACGGGGUUCCUGAUCACGUACACGCGCCGCCUCAAAUGGCCGCUGGUGCUCGGCGCCGGGCUGAUCGUCGUCGGCACACUGUGCCUAUCAUCAAUGCAGCGCGGCUGGCCCGUGGCGCUGUACCUGCUGUGCCUGGUCCCGUCGGCGGCGGGCCAGGGGUUCCUGUUCCCCGGCACCUUCAUGGCAAUCCUGGCCGUGUCGGACCGGGACGACCAGGCCGUCGUCACGAGCUCGCUGAUCCUGUGGCGCAGCCUCGGCACCGUCGUCGGCGUCGCCUGCACAUCGCUAGUUCUGCAGAACGCCCUGUGGCACUACCUCGAGCGCUUCGUCGAGGACGGCCCUGACAAGGCCGUAGUCGUCGCCCUCGUGCGCCGGUCCGUCGAGGCCAUCCGCGACUUGGAUCCUGUCUAUCGCGACCAGGCCGUCCACAGCUACCAAGCCUCGCUGCGCCUGACGUUCUUCGGCUGCACGCUGCUGGCCGUCGUGUGUUUGUUGUUGCUGGUGCAGGUCAGGCUGCCCAGGCUGGGCAUCAAGAAGUGA